CCCCAGGUGUAAACCUGCGAGAAAUCCAGAAAAUCCGCUCCACAUCUCCGCACCCUCCCAGUUAACCUCAGCCGAAAAGUGGCGAGAGCCGGAAUAUUUUCACACGAGACUUAUCGAGGGACCGGUGUGAAAGAGCACACACAUAAAAACACACACACACGCGUUCAAAAACUCGGACAAACCCAGUCGAGAGAGGAAGGAAGAUUGCGCUUUGGCACAUCUGACACUUCUGCAUUCUGCCACCUCCCGCCUUCGCGACCGGCGGACUUUCUCGCCCGGAGACCGUCCGAGCCACUGACGCGAAGUCCGAUUCCGCCGCCAAUCUCAACCCAAGGGGGUCAACCGAAACAGAGCGGACUGUUUAAAACAGUGAAGCAGCGUCUCCGGGCACUGGAGCCGAGAGAAACUGUGGACAAACCCUCGCCCGCUGCUCCACAUCUGCCAUUUUACAAGCGCCCGAUGCUGUUGGAAUUAACAGGUUGUUGGAAGUGGAGCGACUCGGAAAGGAGGUAAGUGAGAGAGGCGAGUGCGGGCUGCGUCCCUGCCCGGAUCUGUCCACGAUUCUGAACCUGACCUGUCUGUGCAAGUGCCAUCGGUCCCAGCUCUGCACCUGAUCGCUUUGUCCCUUCUCCAGUUAGUAACUUGAUCCUGUUUUGUUUCUCCCCAAUUUAAAAAAAACAGGAAUAAAGCUAAUCUUCCCUGGGAAGGGAAUUUGGAGAGCAGCGAAACCCGACCUCCGCAUGAUAAGCUCCGUGUGUGUCUCAUCUUACCGGGGACGCAAGUCAGGCAAUAAAGCUCCUUCUAAACCAUGUCUGAAGGAAGAAAUGGGCAAGGGGGAGGACAGCGAGAGAAUCACCAUCAACGUCGGCGGCACCAGGCAUGAAACGUACAAAAGUACCCUGCAGACGCUGCCGGGGACCCGGCUGGCGGGACUCGCUGACCCCGGCGCCCAGUGCAACUUUGACUUCGAUGCCAAGUCCAGCCAGUUCUUCUUUGACCGCCACCCGGGCAUUUUCGCCUAUGUGCUGAAUUAUUACCGCACGGGCAAGCUGCACUGCCCGGCCGAUGUCUGCGGACCCCUGUUCGAGGAAGAGUUGGCUUUCUGGGGACUGGACGAGACCGACGUGGAGCCCUGUUGCUGGAUGACUUACAGGCAGCACCGAGAUGCCGAGGAGGCUCUCGACAUCUUCGAGCCGUCGGACGGGACUUGCAACAGCAUGGAGAGGGAAGACGAGGCCGAGCCUGACCCGGACUCGGGCCGCAUCCUGGGGCUGGAAGCGUGCAACCACAACCGUUCCACUCUCGCCAACUUCUGGAAGAGGUGGCAGCCCAAAGUGUGGGCACUCUUCGAAGACCCUUACUCCUCCAGAGCGGCACGGUGUAUUGCCUUUGUGUCCCUCUUUUUUAUUCUGCUGUCGAUCACUGCCUUCUGCCUCGAGACUCAUGAGGCAUUCAACAAGAUUGUUAACUUAACAGAAUACAUAAAAGAGGGAAACAGCACACGGAUAGUGAGAGUGUACGGUCUGGAGACUGAGCCAGCUCUCAUGUACGUGGAAGGAGUGUGCGUUGUGUGGUUCACACUGGAGUUCCUUGUUCGCAUUUCCUUCUGCCCUAACAAACUGCUCUUUGUCAAGAACAUGCUGAACCUCAUUGACUUUGUGGCCAUUCUGCCCUUCUACUUGGAGCUGGCACUUCGUGGGUUGUCUUCCAAGGCAGCAAGGGAUGUUUUGGGCUUCCUCCGGGUUGUAAGGUUUGUCCGGAUUCUGCGGAUUUUCAAGCUGACCCGGCACUUUGUGGGACUGAGGGUACUGGGGCACACCCUGCGAGCCAGCACCAAUGAAUUCCUCCUGCUCAUUAUCUUCCUCGCCUUGGGAGUUCUCAUCUUUGCCACAAUGAUCUACUAUGCGGAGAGGAUUGGUGAAAACCCCAACAGUCUGAGUCCCACUCACUUUAAGAAUAUCCCCAUUGGCUUCUGGUGGGCAGUGGUCACCAUGACGACACUUGGCUAUGGUGACAUGUUCCCCCAGACAUGGUCGGGCAUGGUGGUGGGCGCACUGUGUGCCCUGGCUGGCGUUCUCACCAUUGCAAUGCCAGUGCCAGUCAUUGUCAAUAACUUUGGAAUGUAUUACUCCCUGGCAAUGGCUAAACAAAAGCUGCCCAAGAAACGCAGGAAGCACAUACCCUGUGGGACACUCGCAAGGUCAAUGGGGCAUUGCAAGCCAGAUCCGAGCUCCCGGAGCAGCAGCAUGCAGAGUGACAAUGGCCCCACUGCUGCUGAGCAGAUAACAGAGAGAAGAAACUCAGACUCAAAACAGAAUGGUGAUGCGAAUGUAGCCUUAUCCGAUGAGGAAAGCACAGCACUGAACCAGCCAUUGACACCCGAUGAGAAUCGGACUCUCAAGCGUUCCGCCACCAAGGACAGAACCAAAAGAGGAUCUGCCUGCUUCUUAUUGACAUCUGAGAACUGCAAAGAUGCCCUCACAGCUAAUUACUCUCAAGCAGAAGUGGUCACUCUCUCAUAAUAGAGGGCAGAGGGCGAGCUGUCAUGCUUCAUCUAAAGUCCUGCUUCAUCUAAAGUCCUGCAAUGACAGAGGACCAAAGGAGGUUCCAGAUUUUCGCAAACAAUUUUGAAGAUCAGAAGCUUUGAACUAACAAGCACUCAUAAGCUAGUAAAUUUGUUGUAAUAUAUAUACAUUUAAUCCUGUAAAAGCAUGAAUGCAUGGUGGUUCUGUAAAUUAUGUAUUAUGAAGAAAAAGCUAUAUAUAUAUAUAUAUAUAUAUAUUAUAUAUAAACAUUUCUAUAUGAAUUAGAGACAUUUGUUAACAUCUAGAUCAUAAUGUGCAAAAACCUUUGAAUUCCAGCAAUAGAUUGAUGAUCCUCAUUGUAACAAUUUUGUUGCACAUUUUAUACUUAUGUACUAUUGUCUAAUAUUCAGUAAGAAGAGAGAUGUAUGAAUUUACCUCAAAGUGCUUUAUUGUGAUGACUGUUGUGUUUCAGUUUGAGUCGUAUCCUAGCAGCAGAGUUAAAAUGUCAAAAGUUCUUUGAAGCUCACGUUAUUUCAUGUGAUCUAAGUCUCUUUGCAACAUUGAUCCACGUCAGGCUCUUCUUUAUAGAGAUGAAUUUAAUUCUGGUGUUCUGAAGUGAAUCAAAGGAUGCAGCAAGAAUGAAGCAGGUUGCCAUUGGGGUAAAUCUGAAAUAAGUAUGGAAGAUGGAAGUAUACCACAUGGCAGAAGAACAGCUCUAGAGCAUAAUCUGCACCUGAAACAUUAAGCUGCUCUAGAAUGCUGACUGACCUACUGUGUAUUUCCAGAUUGUUCUUGUUAUCCUAAACAGGAAACAACUUCAGUGGGAAGCUGUGAUAUGGAGUGAGAGGUCAAGUUUCUGCACAUGCUCCAAAAGGGUUGUCGUACUGUUCUGUGUACUGUGUCUCUGGUGUCUUAAUAUCAUGUCUGCAUGUUGUUGAGCAUGAAACUCUGUGCAGCAGUGCUGGGAAGGAAAUAAAGGGUUACUCUUUUCAUGUUAA